AUGUAUGGCAACAGUUGGCACAUGGCACCACCCACCCAAGCACCAGCAUCCAACUACAAACAGUCCCCACUCAUCCAACACCAGCAACCAGUCACCCAGUCAUCCAAACACCAGCAACCAGUCACCCAGUCAUCCAACACCAGCAACCAGUCAUCCAACACCAGCAAACCAGUCACCCAGUCAUCCAACACCAGCAACCAGUCACCCAGUCAUCCAACACCAGCAACCAGUCACCCAGUCAUCCAACACCAGCAACCAGUCAUCCAACACCAGCAACCAGUCACCCAGUCAUCCAACACCAGCAACCGUCAUCCAACACCAGCAACCAGUCAUCCAACACCAGCAACCAGUCAUCCAACACCAGCAACCAGUCAUCCAAUACUCAGCAACCAGUCACCAGUCAUCCAACACCAGCAACCAGUCAUCCAACACCAGCAAAAUAGUCAACCAGUCAUCCAACACCAGCAAACAGUCAACACCCAGUCAUCCAACACCAGCAAACCAGUCACCCAGUCAUCCAACACCAGCAACCAGUCACCAGUCAUCCAACACCAGCAACCAGUCACCCAAUCAUCCAACACCAGCAACCAGCCACCCAGUCAUCCAACACCAGAAACCAGCCACCCAGUCAUCCAACACCAGCAACCAGUCACCCAGUCAUCCAACAACCAAACAUCCAACUUAACAACCAGUCAUCCAACACCAGAAACCAGUCACCCAGUCAUUCAACAACCAGUCAUCCAACUCCAGCAACUAGUCAUCCAACACAAAAUCAGUCACAGCCAUCAACAACCAGUCAUCCAACUCUAG